AUGUAUCCCGCCUUGAAGAUCGCCGACGCUACAGUCGCCUGCACGCGGCCGGGGAAAGGGGGAGGUGGGGGAGCAGACGCAUCCAGACCGACACACCGUGCCGGUGACAGGGGCCUGAGCAUGUCGGCGCCGCCCAUCCCUACAGCCCAAUCCCUUCCCCCGGACACAGCGACGUGCAUCCUUGCCUCGGCGUCCAGCGCAGAGCCGCGCAAGGCCACCAACACAGCCCCAGGCACCGGCAAGGAGUGCCCACCAGGACCACCGCCCAUCCCUGAGGAAGCUCACCGGGGAGUCCGACCGUGCCGUCGUCGCCGUCCGUCCGGCUGGUCGCUUGGAAACCGAGCAGCCCGCCCACCUGCCACCGCCGCUGCGCCUCCGGCCCCACCAGCCAUGGCCACGGCAGAGGCGGAUGCCCGCAGCUCGCGCCGCUCCCGGCCCGCGCCGCCUGGGCCCAGAUCUAGCCGCACGCCGACAGGGUCAGCGCCGCCGGAGCCCACCGCGCCCCAGCAUGCCUCAGCCCCUUCACACCGCCACCCGCAGCCCGCGUCUCCGCCGCCUGUUGCUGCUGCCGCGGCCUGA